AUGAAUAGCACCGCGAGAAAGUCACCACUUCAGGUGGCUAUGGUUGGCAUUGGCCACCGUGGAUACAAGACCCAUUUUCGCAUUAUCCUUGAGAAUCCAAGGGCAUGGACAGUGGUGGCCUGUUGCGAUACGAAUGAGAAGACUCGGCAGACUUUCGCUCAGAAACAUCCGAACAUCAAUGUAUACAAAGAUCUUGACAGCUUGUUGAAGAAUAACAAGCAGAGGCUAGAUUUUGCGAUUGUCUGCGUCCCGCACCAGUACCAUCUAGAAUGCUGUCGGGCCUUAGCUCGGAGAGGAGUGCCGAUCCUGAAAGAGAAGCCUGUUGCGGAGUCGUUAGCAGAAUAUAAUCAGCUCCAGAAACUGCCCGUCAAAAUUGGCAUAACUUUUCAGAAACGGUUUGAGCCACGCUAUCUAGCCAUCAGGGAUCUUAUUUCUCAGGUCGGGCAGGUUGCUUCGUUCACCGCAACACUUACAGCAAAUAUCACGGAACUAGACGCUACGUGGAGAGCAACAAGCGAUGUUGGUGUUACGGAAGAUUUGGGCUGCCAUAUGUUGGACAUGGUCGUCUCUCUCUUCGGGAGGCCAACUUCGAUCACCGCCCAAAAUACUAAGGGCAUCCGAGUUGAUCAGGACUACGGGGGCGAUGACAUUUCGAACAUCAUCAUGAACUUCGGGGAAGCAGCAAAGCGGAACAUAGGCCAAAUUCACCUCUCGCGAGUGGCCCAUAGGAACGAAGAACGUCUCAUCAUUACUGGCACAAACGGCACUUUUGUGUUGGAAGGAAAAGAUGUAAGGCUGCGAGACAGCAAUGGCAACGAAACCUUUCAUUUCCACGACGCUUCUGAUAAGAAGUAUAUUAUCAACUCUAUGUUGCAGAAAUUCUCUGCCUGGGUCACUGGUGCGAGGUCUGAUUUCCCUGCUUCCCUCGCCAAUCUGGGAGAUACCGUCAUGGUGAUGGAAGCUACUCGCCGCGCUUACAACAAUCCGAAUGCCACUGAGACAGUUACUGCCUCCGAAAACUCUGUCGGACGUUAUGCACAGGCUUCUCUGGGAGAUGCACAUCAUGUAUGGCCACUGCUUUCUUCAGAGUCUGAGGAUGCAGUUGUGCGCCAGAUGCAUUCCUCACUCUCCAUCUACAACAGAUCCAACAUUUAUGAAGUCUUUGAAGACAAAUGGCUUAAAAUGCACGGCCUGAAACAUGCGCUUGUGUGCAGCUCAGGGACGAUAGCAAUUCUCCAUAUGUUUGAGGCACUGGAUCUGCGGCCUGGAGAUGAGGUUCUCUGUCCCGUAUACACUUUCUUUGCGACGGCCUCGCCCUUAAUGCAAUACGGCGCUGUUCCCAUCUUCUGUGACAGCCUGGAAGAUGGCAACAUUGACCCAGAAGAAAUACUCAAGCGAGCCACGUCCAAGACAAAGGCGGUUAUCGUCACGCACAUGUGGGGAUUACCGUGUCGCAUGCGCCAGGUUGUCGAUAAUGCUCAAAAGGUGGGCAUUAAAGUGUUAGAAGAUUGCUCCCAUGCUCAUGGCGCCAUUGUCGAUGGCCGGAUUGUUGGAUCCUGGGGUGAUAUGGCUGCAUGGUCGUUGCAAGCUAAGAAGAAUGUUAUGGGCGGACAAGCCGGCGUGCUAGCUACCAAUUCAACGGAUUACUACUCCCGAGCCAUUCUUCAUGGACACUUCAACAAACGUGCGAAACAGGAAGUCCCGCAGGAUCAUCCAUUACGGAAAUUUUGGCUGACUGGCCUAGGGUUAAACAUGCGAGCUCAUCCGCUAGCAAUAGCCCUCGCAAAUCAACAACUUGAUCUCCUACCAACCCAUGACCAAUACCGGCAGCGUUACGCCUCUUACGUCGCCAAAGGUCUGGGCUCUAUUCCCUUUCUCAAAAUGCCUGUUGUCAACAACAACAGCCAUGAUAAGCAUGCCUGGUAUGCCUUCGUAAUGCAAUUCGAUUCCUCCAAGGCGCCGGAAGGUCUCACCCGGGAUGAGUUUGUCCGGGAACUAGUCGAUGUCCAUGGUCUAAAGGAGGUGGACAUUCCUCGUUCGACAGGUUUGUUGAACGAGUUACCACUGUUUACCCACUCCCAUGAAGCUGUUCCAAGAUUCGGCAACAAGCGAUGGGCCAAAAUGCAGCCUACAACCGAAUUUCCAAACGCGCUGCAGUUUUAUCAGUGUGCUAUAAAGCUGCCUAUGUGGGCUACUGAGAGUGACAUGCCUAUUGUAGAGCACUAUGUCAAGACAUUCUUGGUUGUUGCUCGUGAGAUGACUCAGCGGGCAUUGAGAGGAAAGAAUUCGGGUACUGGCUCUGUUGGUGACUUGAUUCAUGCAAGACUGUAG